ACCGCCGACCCGACUAUGUUGGCAUCUGAAGAUUGGGAUACAGAGGGAGCACAAAACGCUUUCUAACCUUAGCAGCCUAUCAAUUGUUGCUGCUGCAAAAUCCUCCUCCUAAUCCAACUACCAAAUGUCUCAGAUUUCUCUCUGGGUCAUUUUAUUUGGGCUUUUAAGUUGGGAUCAUGGAUGAAAAGAGAGGUGAAAGAAGGCGUCCGAGCAUUUCUCAUCUUUCUCACUCAAAAAAGAGUUUCAAAAAUGAAGGCUAAGAAGAAGAAAAAAGAGGAUCUGCAAACUCAAAAAAAGAAAAGAAAAAUGCAACGUCCUUAUGCUUUCCUCAAUAUAUAUUUUCUUCCUUUUUCCAGUCUUUACCUCUCAAAGUAAUACUUUGUUUUUGUUUAUCUCGUAGGCACCUCACCCUCUGAGCCAGCACAUAUUGGUGCGCAUCCGGCAUGGAUAUUUUGAUUGAAAUCUUGCACCUGUUCGAUCAAAAGACUGACCAAGAGCUUAACCAUCCAAUCCUUAAACAUCCCUUGAUUAGCCUAUCUGGUAGUGCAUAUCUUUAGAAUCUCAACUUAGGAGCCAUCUUCCAACUAGCUUCACAUAUCUUACGAUAAAAUGUUCACAUAUUAUCUGUGUUUGCAUUAUACUUAGGUGUUUCCUCUUCCCUCAAAAAAAAAACAAAAUUCUCAUAGAAAAUAUAGUGAACUCUCCUGACUCCUAUUGAUCUAACUUGGCUUUUUCCUUAUGAACAGCUAUCCAGCUGAGGGUGUGUUAGUCUUUCUGACUACUAUAAAUAGGCCUUCCCAUACCACCACCCUCAAGAAACACACGGGAGGUGGUUUCCUGUAGGCAUACUGGAGAUUCCAAGAAAAGGUCAUCCACCAUUCCAACCACCUUCAAGAGGCUAUCUCUCUCUCUCUCUCUCUAUUACUAGUACUUCAAGACCUUUUCUUGUUCUUGGGUUCUUGCAGAGAACUCUUUGUUUUCUUCUGCGUGUGUUCUUGGUUCAGAAGGCUGCACAGAAUGGCGAACGUAGGAACAAGGGGAAAGAAGGCGAUCUCGAGGAGUGUUCAAACUGAUGCCAACCAAGGUGGUGAAGAAGCAGUUAUUCUAGAUGCUGUAGCAACAGGGGUAUUCAGUACACAAGAGAAGCUGAAUCUGGAUGAGAAGCAGGCUGUGGAUGAGAGUGCUACUACUGAAGAUGCUUCCGUAUUGCAGGUUAAACCUGAUGGCUUAGGUCUCGCCACAGAAACCCAGAAAGAGGAAGUAGCAAAUGCUGAGGUUGUGAAAGAAGACUGCCAAGUUCUUCAGAAUCAGCCUGAAUUGGAAGAUUCUGGGACUGGAGAAGGGGACAAUGUAGAUAAAUCCACACACAGAAAUUCAGAAGAUGAGAAGCAAGUGAUGAAUGAGAGCAUUGCAGAUGAUGCUUCCACACUGCAGGCUAAAACUGAUGGUCUGGGUCUCACAACAGAAAAUCAGAAAGAGAACGUGGCUGAUAUGGAACAGAAAUGUGCUACUGAAAUAUCAAAGAAAGAUGACACUGUGCUAGAACCAGUGGAUGGAGGCCAUGGUGCAUCUUUGAUGGCAUCAAUACUGGAAAGUGCAAUGUCUCAAGAAGGAACGAUGCAAACUCAGUUAUCCUCCUCAGAAAAGUUGGGAGAUAUUACAGUUGAGAUUGAGAAGCAACAGAAUGAUGAGCAGAUCAUUUCUUACCUGCGAAGUGAGGUGGAGUGCCGCAAGGCUGCUAAUUCUCAAUUGCGGUUUGAAGCUGCCGAAGUUUCAAGGAGAUUUGGAGAUGCAAAAAUGAAUUUAGAGAGGCUGAAAAAGAUACUGAAAGAUAAGGACCUUGCACAAGACUGGAUGUCUUCAGCAACCGUUGCACAUGCUUUGAGAAAUCAAACUGCCACAAAAGAUGCAGAGGAACCUGGACAACAGUCAAAAGGGUUAGAGAAGAAACUGUCUCUAGCGCAGCAAGUUCAAAUCCGGACCCAGAAACAAACUUCAGAUAUGCCAAGUGAAAUAAAAGCAAAAGAAGCUGAGAACUCCAACCUCAGCUGCAAAUCUAGUAACAUUAAAAAAGAAAUGGAUGCUGAAAUAAAAUAUCUAGUGGCAAAAAUCAACAAGCAGAAUCAAGAAAUUGACUCUUUAUCGAAGAACAAUGACGAAUUGCUUGAACAGUAUGAAGCUGAAAAGGCCAAGAAUGAAAAGAUAGAAAAUUUGUUGAAUGAAUACAAAGAGAAGAUGAUUAAGGAUCAAAACAUACUCUCUGAAGCAAAUUGUGAUAUGCACAAAGCUUUGACAUUAAUGGAAGAGCAGCAAAGCAUGAUGAAAUGUGUGGCUGAGUCCAUGGUGGCUGCUAUAAGUGAUGAACUCCAGACGCUGGAAACUGUCUUUGAGGAACAUUGUGAGCUUAUCCUGUGGCAACUAUCUAACUGCACCAAAGAGAUUCAAAUGGAGAAGCAGAAGGCACUGCCACUGCUUCGUGGGUAUAAAAGAACGAUGAAUCAGAAUGAUGUGUUGAUAAGUACGUUUUUAUCCACAGAUAUAACAAAUAUGGUCUUGCGCGAGACGAAUUGGGCAAUGGACGAGAGGCUGGAAGAAGAUGGGAGACUGUUAGAGAGGCAUUUGAACUCUCAGCAUGAUUUGGAGAAACUGAAGAAUAAGGUGGAGACACGGGAAAAGGAACUGGAAGCUAGGAAUGAGGAGAUGCAGGAGGAUAUAAGGCAGAUGAAAAAUGCUGUCGACUACUACCGUGAAAGAUACCAUCGGCUUUACACAAAAUACCAUCCAAGAGAAAGGCUUCCAACUUAGGAUCUAUGCUCAAGUGCCCAUAUUCAUUCAUCAGUAUUCAUUAGUUCUGAGGAUGUAAGAAGAUGAUGAGAGAGAUUUGAUCUCUGAUAAAGUUCUUUGGAGAAUUUUCCUCCAUAUUGAGUACUGUGAUCCGUGACUCCAAGGUGUCUGAGUUCCCAGUUUCAACAGCUUUCAAGCUUAAGUGCACCUAGCUCUAUCUUUUCAUUAGCCUGAGUUGUAUGAUUUUCCAUUACAUUAGUGUUUGUAACAAGUCUCAUUAAAAAAUGAAAGAAUUAUAGUUUUGGAGCUCAAGCUUGGAACAUAUAUUGUUCUUUGAAGAACCCAGGUUUCAAAUAACAGAACUUUUUUUCUUCCUUUUCUCCUCU